AACACCAUCACAGAAGAAAAAGUUCAGAGGAUGAAGGAGCAAUACAUGUCUGCCUACGAUGUCACAACAGACAGACGCUUGCAAAUCCAAGAGCUUGCAAAUAUGAUCUUACCGGAUGAUGAGAACUUUCUGCUGCUUUUCCGACGGGAAACUCCCUUGGACAACAGUGUGGAAUUCAUGCGGAUCUGGCGCAGUUACGAUGCUGAUAGCAGUGGAUUUAUUUCAUCUGGCGAGCUCAAAGAUUUCCUGCGAGAUCUAUUUUUGCAGCAUAACAAGACGGUUGCUGAAGCAAAGCUGGAAGAAUAUACUGAUACCAUGAUGAAAAUCUUUGACAAAAACAAAGAUGGACGGCUGGACCUGAAUGACCUGGCAAGGAUUCUGGCGCUCCAGGAAAAUUUCCUUCUUCAAUUUAAAAUGGAUGCUUGCAGCACGGAAGAAAGGAGGAGAGAUUUUGAGAAGAUCUUUGCACACUACGACGUUAGUAAAACAGGAGCACUUGAAGGCCCAGAAGUGGAUGGGUUUGUCAAAGACAUGAUGGAACUGGUCAAGCCCAGCAUUAGUGGUGUGGACCUGGACAAGUUCCGCCAGAUCCUGCUCAACCACUGCGACGUGAACAAGGACGGGAAAAUUCAGAAAUCCGAACUGGCUUUGUGUCUUGGGCUUAAAAUGAACCCGUAGCCGGAAGAGUGCUCGUGGUUGUGUUCCCCUUGUGAGAUUUGCCUGCUGCUCCUCGUAGAAGUGUGUCCGUGCUGCUGUGUGAGCGGU